AUGUCUAGAUAAGUUAUUAGAUUGCCAGCUGAAGUAAAUAGAAUACUUUAUGUAAGAAAUUUACCUUAUAAAAUUACUUCUGAAGAAAUGUAUGAUAUCUUUGGAAAAUUUGGAGCUAUCAGAUAAAUUAGAAAAGGAACUCAUGGCGAUAAAAAAGGAACAGCUUUUGUUGUUUACGAGGAUAUUUAUGAUGUCAAAUACGCUUUUGAUAACUUAUCUGGUUUUAAUGUUGCUGGAAGAUAUUUGAUUGUGUUAUAUUAUUAACCAUAAAAAAUGUAGGAGAGAUAAGACCUUGAAUUUUAGAGAAAGCAAAUUGAAAAACUUCGUGAAUAAUAGAGAUAAUAAUAGCAAUGAAUUUUAUAUUGAAUUAAUAAUUUACAGAUAAUAUUAAUGAUUAACUAAAACUUA